AUGCGAGCGGAUAUUCCAAUGGGUACCCGCGGGGAAACACAUUCGAGAUUUCUCCUCACAGGUAAAGUGCCUUGGCGUGCGAACGAACGAACGUUGGAAGCUGACGGGAGCCGUCCGCCAUCACUCCACAGGUUCCAACCUCGAGGCGCGGCACCACCAUUUCGAAGACGGAAGGGACUAUUCGUGCGAUUGGCAAUAGCGCUGCUAUCAUUACUUCUCUUUGGGCUGUUCGUUUGGCCCGGCGAUUCGGGGUCUUUCUCCUGGCUCGGCUCCGGUUCUGAAGAUUUCCAACUCGAGACGGUGCGAUACUACGACCUGUCUAACGUGCAGGGCACCGCGAAAGGAUGGGAGAGAGAGGAGCGAAUUUUGAUCUGCGUGCCGCUGCGCGAUGCCGAAGUGCAUAUGCCCAUGUUCUUCGGUCACCUCCUCAACCUUACGUAUCCUCACCAUCUGAUCGAUCUCGCUUUCCUUGUUUCGGACUCGAAAGACAACACCUUGGCGGUUCUUGAACGGGAGCUUACGGCUAUUCAAGCUAGCACCGACCCGUCCAAGCACUUUGGCGAAAUCUCCAUCAUCGAGAAAGAUUUUGGACAAAAGGUUAAUCAGGAUGUGGAAAGCCGCCACGGUUUCGCCGCGCAGGCGAGCAGAAGAAAGCUCAUGGCCCAAGCUAGAAAUUGGCUCCUCAGCGCUGCCCUUCGGCCGUAUCAUUCGUGGGUCUACUGGCGUGAUGUCGACGUGGAGACUGCGCCGACUACGAUCUUGGAGGAUCUGAUGCGCCACAACAAGGAUGUGAUUGUGCCAAAUGUUUGGCGUCCGCUACCUGACUGGCUGGGCGGAGAACAGCCCUACGACCUUAACUCCUGGGCCGAGUCCGAAACCGCCCUCGCACUCGCGGAUACUCUCGACGAAGAUGCAGUUAUCGUGGAGGGGUACGCAGAAUAUGCUACCUGGCGUCCCCAUCUCGCAUAUCUCCGGGACCCCUAUGGCGAUCCCGACAUGGAAAUGGAGAUCGAUGGCGUUGGUGGAGUGAGUAUUCUGGCAAAGGCCAAGGUUUUCCGUUACGGCGUCCACUUCCCGGCGUUCAGCUUCGAAAAACAUGCCGAGACAGAAGCUUUUGGAAAGAUGUCGAGAAGGAUGGGCUUCUCAGUUGUUGGCCUUCCUCAUUAUACUAUCUGGCAUUUGUACGAGCCUAGUGUAGACGAUAUCAAGCACAUGGAGCAAAUGGAGCAGGAGAGACUCGCUCGCGAGAAGGAGGAAAAGGAGAAAGCGAUGAAGGAGCAGAAGAUGAAGGAGUCUUUUGGCGACGCCACUGGCCAAUGGGAGAAGGACAAGAACGAAAUACAGAACCUCGCCAUGCAGGAGAACAAGAAGGCGGAAGAGCAACCAGCAGCAGGACAACAAGCCGGACCGGCUGAUGGACCAGCCAAUGCUGCUCCCAAGGAGGAGAAGAAGGAGGGUACUCAGUGAGCUGUGCUCGAGUGUCCACCCGGGCUUUUUUUUUUUUUCUAUAUUUUUUUCUAUCUUUUUAAUAUUGCCUCUUUCGUUGUAUUUCUGCAUCCUCAUCUCUGGUCUAACGCUGUGUUUCGCCAAGUGGAC